AGUCCAUCUAUUAAAUUGUAACUAAAUUUGAACAACCUAUUACUUUGCUAUCGGAGAUAACUAUUGUUUCAAGUGAUUUGAAUUAGCCUGUUCUGAUUGGAUUUAUUCAAUUAGGUGUAAUUUGACGCUUCCAUUAACAACAGGUCAAAAUCAAUUACCUGCUGCAUGAACAAACGUUAUACAGGCUACAUUAAACUCUUCGAUAUACAAUUUAUACAUUCGUUAAAUUUUCGGUAGAAAUUUCAAUCGCAAACAACACAAUAAAUAAAUAAAAAAAAAAUAAAACACCCGGAUAUGCACUAACGCAUCCGCCACUGUCUAUAAUCGAUCGAUUUGGCUGGUCCAGGCGUCUCUUGCGGGGCGUCGUGACAUUACGCUCCCAGGAUCCCCUUUUACAGACUCCGGACUCCGGUGAGCGUUUAGUUUUCGGGAACCCCCAUCGCGAGUAAGCACGGCGCUUUAACGCUCGCUGAUCGCUCAGGCAGAGAUCGACGUGUUUUCAUCGGAAGAAUUUCUGGACGAAAUUUUCGAGCUAUUUAGAAAGCGAUAUAAUGAACACAAUCAACAUCGAACAAGUGAUAUUAAACGAGCUUUGAGCAGAUUUAAGGCCCCUUAAAGCCAUGCCUCGCUGAAAAGGCAGCCAUGGCAGGCCUGCCGCUGCUACUGGGGUUGCUGGCCUGCGUUCAUCUAGCUUUCUUUCAACCUCCCGUCCUCAUUCUCACCGAACUCUGUUACUAUCCCAUUAAUUUGAGCUUUAUUGGACAGAAGCUGAAGGAACUGAAUAUUACCGUGGAAAUUAUGGAUGAGCAAGAUAUAUGUGAUAACGACCAACUUUUUUAUCAAGUGUCAACGAAAUCGGGAUUACUGAUUGGCUCCUUCAAACCAGAAUUAUGUUCUCAGAUCCAUUUUCUUCGAACGUAUCAAAACAGGACCUUAAUAUCUUGGAAUUGCCCUCAGAUUUCCAAUAACAUCAACGACGAUAGUAAAACGAGACUUAGUCCUCCAAUUUCUGCAAUAAGUCGGGGAUUUGCCAGAGUUGUAGGCGAAAUGAAGUGGAAAUCCGUCGCAAUUAUUUCAAGUGAUCAAGGAUGGUGGCCGGCCCUUUCGCAGAGUAUCGAUCUGAAAAUCAGGGAAAUCGGUGUGAUUCCUCGGUAUUUUUUCAGCAUCAACAGUCACAUUACUCGACAAAGACUCGAGAAAAAGUUAAGUGUGCUAAGAAGAAUUCCUUGCCACGCUGUACUUCUAUGUAUGCCAUCGGAUGAAUUCGGAAAAACGAUUUUAGAAGUUCUAAACAAUCUGGAGCUUCACGCUUUCGACACAAUCACCGUCUUCAUAGACAUUUCUAACUUGCCAGACUGGAUGAGUUUUUUCCACAACGUUACGACACUACUGGAAGCAGCCGACACCGGCCAAGGAAAUAUCACCGUUUUUACCAAAAGGAACGCGCUAAUUUUCGCGGAAAACUCGACGGCUCGUUCAAGCUCGGAAACUUCUAUCGUGCACCGGUUGCAAUUAACGCUUUCCCAAAGUGAUAAUUACGUUGAAUUCGUUUUAGGUGAUUUCGCGAGCGACGAAUCAUUGCGGCCUCUGAUGGUGCUUACCGGCAACGGUUCGGAUGAAUUUUUUAUCGAUAAAUUCCGCACGAAUCUCGAAGAAUGGUCGGUGAGACACAAGCAAAUCGAAGAGUGCGAAAAUUGCUCGGGGACCAUUGAGAAAGUUAUGAGCGUGAUUAUCAUCAUAGGCUGUUCGUGCGUGUUCGUCUCUUUGAUUUUGGGCGUCGUUGUUUUCGCGCGGAAUCAGUUGAUGAAGAAGCGGGUGUCGAAAGGGCCGUACAAAGUGUUGUUAACCGCGACCGAUUUCGUUUUCCCCCAAAUCGCUGACAGCCGUAGGGUGAGUAUAACAGUCGAUGAAGGCAUUGAAGCAAUGCUCUGCUGUUGGUUGCAGCAAUUACAAGAAUUCGGUGGACCAGAAGUAGAAAAGCCUGAUUUGUUACAGGGAUCCGGAACCACUUCCAUGCGAACGCCAGCUCGAACGGGCUCCAGUCCCAAUUUAGCCAAACAGCUAAUCGUCGAUCCUAGAGUACGGUAUAAUGGCGAUCUCGUCCAAAUGAAACCACUUCCGCUGAUGGGAAGCGGUAGCGAGCUUAAGGGCAAAUCCGUCGAACUCCUCGUACUAUUGCAUGGAUUACGGCAUGAAAACUUAAACCCACUCAUCGGGUGCUUGGCGGAGCCUCCGAGGGCCGCGCUCGUCUCCGAAUACUGCGCCAGAGGAUCCUUGCAGGAUGUACUGCAACAGGACGACAUUAAGCUCGAUUGGUCUUUUCGCCUCAGCCUACUCACGGACCUUGUUAGGGGCAUGAAAUAUCUCCAUUCUACUCCAAUAAAGGUGCACGGUUUGUUAACGUCGAGGAAUUGUGUCAUAGAUGCCCGAUGGGUUCUCAAAGUGACUGAUUAUGGACUUCCAGCCUUUUACGAAGCACAGGGUAUACAGGCUCCUGCAAAGACAGCAAGAGAGCUUUUGUGGACAUCACCUGAAUUGUUAAGACACGGCAGUUUGAGAAAAAAAGGAACGCAACCAGGUGAUGUGUAUUCCUUUGGUAUUAUAUUGCAAGAAGUUGUUGUCAGAGGAGAACCAUUUUGCAUGCUGGCGCUGACACCCGAAGAAAUCAUAGAGAAAGUGAAGCGUCCGCCGCCGCUAAUUCGCCCUUCGGUGAGCAAAGGAGCAGCUCCGCCGGAAGCCAUUAAUAUCAUGCGCCAGUGCUGGGCCGAGCAGGCCGAAAUGCGACCGGAUUUCAACACCGUGCACGAUCAAUUCAAGAAAUUGAAUCACGGCAGGAAAGUUAACAUCGUCGAUACGAUGUUCCAAAUGUUGGAGAAGUAUUCCAACAAUUUGGAGGAGCUCAUAAGGGAGCGCACGGAGCAGCUGGACAUUGAAAAGAAGAAGACCGAGCAACUGUUGAAUAGAAUGUUGCCGAGUUACGUGGCCGAGAAAUUAAAGCUCGGAAUGCCCGUCGAUCCCGAGGAAUUCGAAGAAGUGACGAUUUAUUUUUCAGACAUCGUCGGCUUCACGACGAUCUCUGCCCAUUCGACUCCCUUUCAGGUUGUCGAUCUCCUCAACGACCUCUACACUUGCUUCGACGCCACCAUUAACGCGUACAAUGUAUACAAAGUGGAGACAAUAGGGGACGCUUACAUGGUCGUCGGCGGGCUGCCGGUGAGAAUUCCCGAUCACGCCGAACAGAUCGCUACAAUGGCUCUUGAUUUGCUUUACCAAAGCGGUAGAUUCUGCAUCAGACAUUUACCAAAGACACCCUUAAGACUGAGAAUCGGGCUUCACACUGGACCAUGCUGUGCAGGCGUUGUCGGACUGACAAUGCCUCGGUAUUGUUUGUUCGGAGACACUGUUAAUACGGCUUCACGAAUGGAAUCAACAGGAUCGGCGUGGCGUAUUCACAUGUCAGAAGCAACUAAACUUCGGCUGGAAAGAGCCGGCGGCUAUGAGAUUGAGUAUAGAGGCCCGACCGAAAUAAAGGGAAAGGGUACAAUGGAUACUUACUGGCUAUUAGGGAAAGCUGGAUUUGAUAAAACUCUUCCAGAUCCCCCGUCUAUCGAAUUAGACGAAAGCCUGAUAAUAAGCUCCUCCGCAAGCCACGAUCACUACGAGGAUUCCGGCGAUUCGAUAUCGGCGGGAUCGAGGCACCAAAGCACAGAGGAUCACUACAACAAAUUGCCCAACAUUAAUCCCUCGUUUAUGAGGAACAUGGAGCAUUCCAAGUUUUCCGCGCUGACGAAAGCCGGCGAGGAGCCGGCGCAAAGGUCAGCGGACACGCAUAUGGUGAAAAGUACUUCCAGCGACGUACCCGUGCCAUUAGGAACACCCGUUUCGGCUUCGGACGUCGCAGCGGCUCUGCUGGGUGCUUCUACGACUUCGCUCAGCGGAUAUCGAAGGCGUAAAAUAGAGGAAGAUGAUUUGAGUACGCCUUAUAACCACUACAAAUGUUUGAGUCCGAAGCACAGGGUUGGAAAGUUGCUGAGGCGGCAGUUCAGUUUGGAUAGAGCCGAAGAAAUUCGGGCUGAAGAAAGUUUAAUGAUCGCACCGAGAUUGUGCAAGCAGAAUUCUGCAGGGGCGGCGGAUUUGGAGAAAAUCGAGGAGAUCCCAUUAAGGAUUCCGACUGUGUCUCCGGGCAGUGUCUCUCCUAUUCAACGCACUUUAUCUAUAUCAGCGGAUUCAUUGAUACACUAGCUCCGAAGAAUUCUAUCACCUCGAACAAUAAAACUUUUUCAUUGACAAUCAAUUUAAUUUUGUAAAUUUCUCUUUCGUUGCGGAUUUAUUUCGGUUUUACUUUUAUGAACAGAUGUAAUAAAUUUCUUAUUGGAUUGGAAGGCAUACGAAGAAAUGUAGGUUUUAAUUUGAGUGGAAAAAUCUUGGAAUAUAGAAAGUAAAUUACAUAAACUAUAUAAUAGACUUUAUUUUUGGAUUCAACCGAUUGAGCUCUAUUUAAAAAAAUAAGGCUAAAACAACGAGUGACUAAUCUACAUUUUAUAUAAAUUAACAUGUUAAUUUUGCAGGUACAUAAGUCUAGGCAUACAUUUUUAUACUUAUUCGCUUUCAUAAUUUGUAUUAUCCUGAUUUCUUUAUAAUGUUUUUUAUAAUAUUCAUAUUCAAUUCAUUUUUUUAUAAUAAAUUGUAGCUAUUAAAUGUACCUACCUACUGUUAUAACUACUGAAAGUUUUGAUGAAAGAUUUUUUUAUUAUCAUGUAAGUAACAAGUAUACGUAAAGAAUGUGUACUUUUCUACAAUCUACAAUGAAAAUAUUUAUCUACCUAAACCUAGUAACAUUCAAUUUCCUUUAAAUAUGUAUCUCACUUUAAAUAAUGCGUUUUCAUACUUGCCUUACUUGCGUUUGGAUACUUACCUUAUCAUUUGAUGCUUUUUUAUUUACUAUGAUCUUUACUAUUUUCAAAAUUUGAAUAACCUGACUGCAUUUAAUUUUUACCUAUGUAUUUCCAUAAAUGUUCUUACCUACAAGAACAUUUACAUACAGGGUGUCCAAAAAAAUGGAAAUGGUCGAGUUUCUGGCAAAUUAUGGUCCAAAUAAAAAAAUUUAAUAAACACGUAUCCAAUAAUUUUUCAAGGGCUAUCCAUUGAUACCAAUAUCAAAAAGCUACCCCAACCCGCAAGAGAGGAACGGGGAGGUAGCUUAAAAAUUUUAAUAGAAAUCCCUUAUUUUUAUUGAAGAUUAGGAAUUCUUGCAAGUUUUGUCUAAAACAAUUUUUCAAAUUGUUACAAAAAAAUUUCGCUAAAAUGUCGAAAAUUUAAUUAUCACAAAUGGUCGUAGUAAUGGUUCAUCAUACGGUAUAAACAAAUCAAGAUUGAAGAAAAAAAAAACAAUUAUAUGUUCAAUAAUUUCUUCAAAAGCUAUCUAUUGAAUCGACGCUAAUAUUUUGCCAUUCACACCAUCCCCUGAGGUUGGAUCAGUGAGUAGCUUCAAUAAAUUGAAUUUUGAGAAAAUUAAAUUUUCAAAUUUUUAGCAUUUUUUUGAUAAUUUGCAAGGAUGGCUAGGAUGCCAGGAUUCUAAGGGUAGGGGUAGCUAUUUGAUAUUGGUAUUAAUGCCAAUUAUUAAUGCAAAUUAGUAUUAAGGACUUUGAAAAAUUAUUGUAUACGUGUUUUUUCAAUUUUCCAUUCGGUCCUUAAUUUGCCAGAAAAUCGACAGUUUCCAUACUUUUGGACACUCUGUAUACUAGUACAUACGAAGCUGUUACAUAUUGUAAUAUUCAUGUAUUUCAAACUACUGUAAUUUUGAGAAAAGAAUUUAUGUUUUUUGUAUCACUAAUUAAUAAUUCAAUAGGAAUAUCAAAAUUUAUGUCCGUCAUAAUUAAUUGUCUUUUGAAAAAGCACAAAUGUAGUAAACGAAAAAUAAUUCAUAAGCAAUUUUAAUAAUGAAUGUGUCCUUUAUAAAAGACUAGAAUUUUACAACCGUUUAUCUAUAGUAUUUUCUAGAUCUAAUCUGUAAAAAAUCUUUCCCGUAGAUUAGUUUAUGUGGUAAAAAUCUUGCAAAAUUGAUUUAUAAACCCCUGAAAGUAGACAAUCCCAAAGUCUGAAAAGCAGACGUAAAAAUCAAUGUUAACAUUCCAGAUAUUAUACAUGUUGUUACUAUAUAGAUUUAUCGUCGUUUUUUCUAACAAGUUUAUUAUUUUUAUUUAAUUUAUUGUAAAUAUACAUUUGAUUUCUGCAGUA